AGUAAACGGUGGAUUGAUCGAUCGAGGAGCCCAUAUGCGACACUGAUCCCCCCCGAAAAGACCCCUAUUCUGCGGCAGAUAGCAAGCUUUUGUAUCGCGUGUUUCCAAUAUUGGGAUCGGAUCUCAACUGCCCUUGCGCCAACCGACCUAUCGACAGAUCGUUCGCCUGGUAGAUCUGUAUAACCACAAUGGGUAUCCCAGACGAAGAGAAGAUCUCGGCCGCGCCGCCCCUCGACGAUGCCAAGGGCAAGGUCGUCGACGAGGAUGCCAUCAAGUUGGCGGAGAUGGGCUACACACAGGACAUGCAGCGCAACUUUUCCGUGUUGUCCCUGCUGGGUGUGGGCUUUUCGCUGACCAACUCGUGGUUCGGUAUCUCCGCCUCCAUGAUCACAGGUAUUAACUCGGGCGGUACGGUCGUGACGAUUUACGGAAUUCCGUGGAUCACCUUCAUCUCGACAUGUGUCGCAGUGACCCUGUCGGAAUUGGCCAGUGCUAUGCCCAAUGCUGGUGGACAGUAUUUCUGGGCCAGCGAGCUCGCUCCCCGAAAGCAUGCCAACUUCGCAUCCUAUGUGACCGGUUGGUUCGCCUGGGCAGGUUCGAUCUUCUGUUCGGCCAGUGUGGCUCUCAGUCUGGGUUCAUUUGCUGUGGGAUUGUGGCAGCUCGGUCAUCCUGACUUUGUUAUCGAGACCUGGCACAGUGUGGUCGCGUACGAAAUCAUCAGUUUUUGGUGCUUCCUGUUUAACUGCGUGGGCAAGGUGCUGCCCAAGGUCGCCACGGCGACUCUGUACAUUUCUCUGAUUUCGUUCGUGGUGAUCCUGAUCACUGUUCCGGCUACAGCACACCACCAUGCGUCCGCCAAGGAUGUCUUCGCCAAAUUCGUGAACAACACGGGCUGGUCCUCCGACGGGAUCGCGUACAUUGUCGGCCUCAUGAACCCGAACUGGGUGUUUGCCUGUCUGGACUCGGCCACCCAUAUGGCGGAGGAAGUUGGCAGCCCUGAGAAGAGCAUUCCGAUCGCCAUCAUGUCCACCGUUGCCAUUGGAUUCGUCACAUCGUGGUUCUACGUUAUCUCGAUGUUUUUCAGCGUCACGGAUCUGACCGCGGUCAUGGAUAGUAGUACUGGUGUCCCCAUCAUUGAGCUGUACUACCAGGCUUUGCAGAAUCGCGCCGGUGCCAUCGUCCUGGGCUCCAUGGUGCUUGUGACCGGUUUUGGAUGUUUGAUCGCCUCGCACACAUGGCAGUCGCGCCUCUGCUGGUCUUUUGCGCGAGACCGUGGCAUUCCCGGUCACCAAUGGCUGUCGAAGAUUCAUCCUACCCUCGAUGUGCCGCUGGUUGCGCACUCGGUUAGCUGCUUCAUAGUCGGUGCUCUGGGUCUCCUCUAUCUCGGUUCCUCUACCGCGUUCAACAGUAUGGUUACUGCGUGUAUCUGUCUGCUCUACUUCUCCUACGCUAUUCCCAUUGUAUGCCUUCUCUGGCGUGGACGAAACAACAUCCAGCGUGGACCCUUCUGGCUUGGCCCGCUUGGCCUUGCGUCCAAUAUUGUUGUCCUCCUCUGGACACUAUUCACCACGGUUUUCUACUCUUUCCCGACUGUGAUGCCGGCCACUACUGGAGAUAUGAAUUACAUCUCGGUCGUCUACGCCAUCGUCGUAGCGAUCAUUCUGAUCGAUUGGUUCAUCCGCGGCCGCAAGUCUUUCCGUGGCCAGUCGACGCGCCAUGACGAAGUUGAGGACACCUUCGGGAGAUCAGGCAGCGUUGUGCAAUAAGUGCAUGUACAUACAUACAGUUAUUUCCUUGCGGUGUACAUAUCGGCGGUAACCGCGUAUAAACAAAAAAAACUAACGCAAAUCUAUAUUGGUGUAUCUAUUGAUGAAAGUUGUCCGAUUCGGACACGAGUUGCGCUUCUCAGUCUAAGAUGCCAUGAUGGGCAAUCUAUACGAGAUCGCCAUGAAUUGCUGUGUAUAUAUAUAUAGAGAGAGAGACAUUUGUAUAUUUUUUCUUUUCUGAUCAAGUGGUUCCUAACUCUAUCUAGCGGUUCGGUUGGAACUGGUAGAAAUUGAUUGAAAGAAUAUUAUCCAAG